CUUUUGCUGACUGUGUUGCCUUUUCUUUAAAGGACAGUUUGCCAUUCGUCCUGAUAAGAAAUCUGAGGCCAAGAUUCAAAUGGUUAAACAAGUGGGAAUGAUUGCAGGUGGAACUGGUAUAACUCCCAUGCUGCAACUGAUCAGGGCGAUCGUGAAGGAUCCAGAGGAUCUCUCAAUCUGCCACCUGCUGUUUGCCAACCAGACUGAGAAAGACAUCCUGUUGCAAUCGGAGUUGGAAGAAAUUGAGGCUGAGCACCCUCACCGUGUCAUAAUAUGGUACACCCUGGACAGAGCUCCUGAAGGCUGGAAAUACAGUGAGGGAUUUGUGAAUGAACAGAUGAUCAAGGAACACCUUCCCCCAUUUGCCGACGAUGUGCUUAUUCUGCUGUGUGGUCCUCCGCCGAUGAUACAGUUUGCAUGCAAUCCAAACCUUGACAAACUGGGUUAUAGUCCAAGCUCUCGGUUUGUAUACUGAGUGUGAAAGGCUGGCCUAUCCAAUACAAAGAUACAGAAGUGUAAGGAACAAUUAACAGUCUGGAUUCCUUUUCAUAUAGGGUCCCACUUCAUGCAAGAUACCUAACUGAUCUUAAAUUGAAUUGUAUCAUGCCAACAUUAUGCUCUUGUAUUACAGCUGUAAAACUGAAAUAUAUGCUUUUGAAGCAUGAGGCAGCCACAUUGGGUAAAAUGUCCCUGGACCUGCUCCUACCCCUUUACUGUAACUUAGUGAAACAGUUUUGGACACAGUUCUGGCAUAAGUGCACUGAUGGAGCAUUUCUGAACAAAUUUGGUGCCUUGUGUUUGCUCUAAGCUUGAGGUGUUUGGUUUUUUUUUGCAUAUCAUUUAUGCUUGCAAUGCUGCAGUGAUGAAGCAGAGUUUGGUGAUGUGGGUGAUGUGGGUGAUGUUUAAAGGGGAUAGAGCUUUGGAUUUGUAUAGAAGGUGCAAGCACUUUUUUCCAGAAGGCAAUGUUGGGGUUAAUGAAUCCAAACAAAUGGUGUAUAUAAAGAAAGUGACGCCAGUUACCACAUGACAUAGUAAGAUGCAAUUUUUGAAUUCCAAAAAGUCAGAUGAACUGACAAUGUAGAGAAGGGAUUACUGUAAAUAGUUUUAAUCUCCAUGUCAGUCCUUAAGUUACUUCUGUUCUGUGUAAAGGACCUUGGAGAAAUUUUAAAUAAACCCCAACUUAAUUUUCAGCAA